AAACUGUGAGGUGGAGAUAUGGCGGAAUUCAAUCCCCCACGCCGUCGCAGAAACUCUGACUGCAGUGAAGUCAGCUGUGCUUCAGUUCGCAGUCUUGAUCACCCUCCUUCUUUCAGACGUGAUGGAAAUCAACCGGUGGGGAAUCGAUCCCGUCAUGAUGCCACCCUCAUUAAUCCAGGUCCCCCAAGACUUUACCAACUGAACAAAGAAAGAAAACAUAUUAAUGGGACUGAAAAAAAGGUCAGACGAUGGACAUAUGGACGAAGAGACAGAAACAAACAGAACAAAGUCAUACUGAUGGUGGGAGAAACCGGCGCUGGGAAAACCGCCAUGAUCAACACCAUGGUGAACUACUUACUGGGAGUGAAGUUUGAGGAUCAAGAGUUUUAUCAAAUCACAGAAGAAGAAAAACAAGAAGCUCAAUCCCAAUCCCUGACAUCUGAGAUCACAGUUUAUGAGGUGUUUGUUGAAGACAACCCAACAUCUCUGACCAUCAUUGACACUCCAGGAAUCGGAGACACUGAAGGAUGCGAUAGAGAAAGAGAGAUUUCUGAUGAUCUGGGCAGGUUAUUUUCAGAUGAGGAUUUUCACUGUAUUGAUGCCGUGUGUUUUGUGAUGAAGGCGUCUCAAAAUCAACUCUCUGGAAAAGAGCAUUACAUACUCCAGUCAGUUCUGUCUCUGUAUGGCAAAGAUAUAGAGAAGAACAUAGUGUUCAUCAUAACACACUCGGAUGGAAGACCUCCAACCGAUGCUCUUAGUGCCAUUGACACAGCACAGAUCCGCUGCAGAAGAGAUGAAGACAAGGAACCUGUUCACUUCUUAUUCAACAGCCAGCAGGAAGAAAAAAGAGCACAUGCUCACAAAUCAUCAUGGGAAAUGGGAGAGAAAAGCAUGGAAAGGUUUUUGAAACUCCUGUUAGAAAACAACAGAGAACAAACUCCGAUGCCAGUAGAUGUCAGGAAACCGUUUAAACAACUUGAAGCCUGUGUCUUCAAUCUAAUAGACCGUAUUACAGAGAAAGAGUUAAAAAUCAAAGAACGGAUUGAAAUCCUGGAAGCCAUACGACAGAACAGAGACAAGAUCGAGAAAUCUCAGAACUUUAAGUUUAGUGUGAACAAAACUGUCAAAGAAAAAGUCUUGAUUGAAUUCAAAUUAUUAUCAUUGAGCAAUUACGCAACCUGCUGCCCUGUGUGUGAGGAAAACUGUCAUCAGUUUGGUUGCUGGUGGGUCACUUUCAAUGACCUCUCAGGAUGUGACGUCAUGAAAGACGGCCACUGCGCUGUGUGUACAGGGAGAUGUCCUCACAGGAGACACGUCAAAGGUAAUGAAAAAUAUGUGGUAAAGACAGAGAGAGUUGAAAUGUCAUUUGAUGAACUUAAACAGAAGUAUGAAUCCACCGGUGACCUGCCUGAAACCAGCUUUGAUCAAACAAAAUAUAAAGAUGACACUAGAAAGGAACACGAAAAAGACAAGAAAGAGUCUGAAAAUAAAACAAAAAUAGAAGAAAACCUGAAGAGAGAUCUGGAGAAGAUUAAAGCAGAAAAGUCCACUCUGCUUUAUGAAGCUUAUAAGCUUAUCAUGAAUCUGUCAAAGAACCUAAUAACAACAGACUGGUAUUUCACUGCUCAACAUCUGGAUUUUUUCAUUCCCAGACUGGAGGAGGAGGAGGGAAAAGGUAAAAGGGUGCGGGACCUGGAGGAAGUGAGGACAUCUUUAGAAGACUGGGAAAACAGAUUUAGCCAGCAGAAUUGGGUUGUGCGGGGAACGCGUUAUCUGUCUGAUCAAGUACUGAUCAAUGAGGACGGGAACACCCAGGCCGGGAAUCUCUUCAGAAGCUCGGAGCGCCUGGAGCCGGAGAAGUAA